UUGCAAGAGCCGGUGUCUGCUCUGGGCUCGUGGCUCCCGGGCUCAGCCGGUCAGCAGGUGCCCAGCCGCUAAGCCAAGCGGGCGGCGCCGUCGUGUGGCCGCGAGUGGGGAGUACGUGUGCAUGACGUGUGUGUUGGGCUCGCGGGGAGGGGGCGGGGCUGCCUGGGGGAGAGCGCGUGCGUGACGUGCAUGACGCGCUUACCGAGCUCCCAGGGAGGGGGCGGGGCUGCGCGGCACGAGCGAAUGCGCGUGGGUGACGUGUGAUGUGUGCGCGUGGCCCUUGCCUUGGGCUCUUGGGGUUGAAUGAGUGGCUCCCAGCGGGCGGUGCCAAGUAAAUGAAUGACUAGCUUCCGUGAGACCCUAAAGAAGAGCUAUCGAAUCGGCUCGCUGCAUUGUGCUCUACUGAGCUCUCCCUUUUGGCUUGCUGCUAUUGCUUUCAUUGUCUAUACGGGAUUAUUUGCGGCUGGAGAUUGGACGAGUCUCCGGGGCCUCCACUCCUCAGUUAAGGCUUUUUGUGAAAUAAAGAGGAAAGGGUUUGCUGGACUAGCCCCCAAGGCCCUUUCCUGGCGCUCACAUCCCCCACAUCCCCAAAUGAGUACGAUGCAUUCAUUUGUUAUCUGUUGUGUAUAAUCAUGGUACAGUAUCUUGAAGCCAUCGAAGGCUGUGUGACGGCGGAAGGCCUGGGACACUAAGAGAGAGUGAAAAAUAUGUCUGUACUCGACAUAUAUUGGAGCCACACGUGGACUUGAAAGUAUCUUGUAUAGAGUGGUGUAGGCAGAUGAAUCCAGGAACUGCCAAGCAGACCAAGUCUCCUGAUGUUUUCUCUCCUCUCUCAGUUCUUCCUUCUCCACUAAGAGCAGAACAUGAACAAAGCAAAGGAACAAGUGUCUUUCAAAGAUGUAUGUGUGGACUUCACCCAGGAAGAGUGGCAUUUGCUGAAUCCUGCUCAGAAGAUACUAUACAAGGAUGUGAUUCUGGAAAAUUAUAGUCACCUUGUCUCAAUAGGGUAUUCCAUUACUAAGCCAGAAAUAAUCUUCAAGAUAGAGCAAGGAGAAGAGCCCUGGAUACUAGAGAAGGAAUUACCAAAUCCAUAUCUUCGGGAAGACUGGAAGGUUGAUCACCUGAUAGAGAGCAGCCAGGAAAAUCAAGAUGAACAUUUUUGGCAACUUGCUUUUACCACCAACAAAACAUUAAGUUUAGGAUUUGGUGAUAGAGGAAGGAAAACUUUCAAUUUGGGUAUAGACACUGUCCUUUCAGGAAACUGUCCAUACAAGUUAUGUGAAUCAUGUGAUAUGAGUUUGAAAAAUAUUUCAGGCUUAGUUGUUAGUAGGAAGAACUAUUCCAGAAAGAAGCCUGAUGAGUUUAAUGUCUAUGAGAAAAUGCUUCUUGAUAUUGGGCAUGAAAAAACUUCUACUGGAGGAAAAUCAUAUAAAUAUAAUCAGAAAAGAAACAUCCUCAGUAAUAGCCAGGAUCUCCUUCAGCAGUUUUUUAACCAACCUUUUGAGUGUAAUGAAAAUGAGCAGAGCUCCCAUGAGGAGGCAGCUUUUUUCACAAAUAAAAGAGCACAAAUAGGAGAGAAACUCUGUAAAUAUGAUGAGCGUGGAGAAACCUUCAUCCAUACUUUAAAGCUCAAUUUACCUCAAAAAACUGAUUUGGAACUGGAGCCAUAUGAAUGCAGUCUUUGUGGAAAGUCCAUCUAUAUGAAUUUAAGAUUAGGACAUCAGAGAGAUAUUACAAGGGAGAAGCUUUAUAAAUAUAAUGAAUAUGGGCAAAUCUUCUGUGACAAUUCAGCUUUCAUUUCCUGUCAGGGAACUUACACAAGAAAGAUUCCCUGUGAAUAUAAAGUAAGUCACAAAACAUGGGAAAAAUCAGCCCUCUUUAAACAUCAGAUAGUACGUAUGGGGGGAAAAUCUUAUGAGUACAGUGAAAAUGGAAAUACUUUCAGCAAGAAGUCACAUCCCACCCAACUUCGGAGAGUUCACUCAGGAGAAAAAACCUUUGAAUGUGGUGACUGUGGGAAAACAUUCUGGGAGAAGUCAAAUCUCACUCAACAUCAGAGAACACACACAGGAGAGAAACCCUAUGAAUGCAAUGAAUGUGGCAAAGCUUUUUGUCAGAAGCCACACCUUACCAACCAUCAACGAACACAUACAGGAGAAAAACCGUAUGAAUGUAAGCAAUGUGGAAAAACAUUCUGUGUGAAAUCAAACCUCACCGAACAUCAGAGAACACACACAGGGGAGAAACCAUAUGAAUGUAAUGCUUGUGGAAAAUCCUUCUGUCACAGGUCAGCCUUAACUGUACACCAGAGAACACACACAGGGGAGAAACCCUUUGUAUGUAAUGAGUGUGGAAAAUCCUUCUGUGUAAAGUCAAACCUCAUUGUACAUCAAAGAACUCACACAGGGGAGAAACCCUAUAAAUGUAACGAGUGCGGGAAAACCUUCUGUGAGAAAUCAGCUCUUACCAAACAUCAGAGAAUUCAUACAGGAGAGAAACCCUAUGAGUGUAAUAGAUGUGGUAAAACCUUUAGUCAGAGAUCAGUACUCACGAAACACCAGAGAAUUCAUACAAGGGUAAAAGUUCUUUCAACAUCCUAAAUGUUCAGAAGCCUUCAUCCAUUUCACCUGUCAGUUACAUAACUAAAAUAUUAAUGAUAAUAAUAAUAAUGUAACCCAAAGAACUCCACAAAAAUUACUAAGACAGCUCAUUGUACUUCAGAUAGUUAAUAUUAGAAUAAAACUAGUAUUAGUAGAAGUCGUGAUGUUUUGCUUAUGUGAAAGUUUUCCAGAAAAAUUAAGACUUUUUCCAGAAAGUUUGUACCAAGGGUAAAUUUAUUCAUUUAGGUAAUGUAGUAAAAAUAUUUAUGUAGAGCUUGUGUUCUGUAGUGUCAUUUUCCAGGUGUUAUACCAAAUUCUUAUUAUAAGCAUAGUGGAUGCUAUGCAUUUAUACCCAUAGUCACAGUGGAAACUGAAGCUUUAACAAAGUUGCAUGGCAAGAGCAUUAAGCAUACAUGUGAAGAGUCCCUGAUGUUUGCAGGCUUCAUGUGAGUAUACUAGGAAUUUGGAGUAUGCUUGGGUUUUUUUUUUUAAUUAAUUAAUUUAUUUUUUAUUUUUUGCCUCCAGGGUUAUUGCUGGGGCUCGGUGCCCACACCAUGAAUCCACUGCUCUUGGAGGAUUUUUUUUUCCCUCUUUUGUUGCCCUUGAUGUCGUAGCCUUGUUGUAGUUAUUAUUGUUGUUGAUGUUGUUCGUUGUUGGAUAGGACAGAGAGAAAUGGAGAGAAAAGGGGGAGACAGAGAGGAGGAGAGAGACACAGACACCUGCAGAUCUGCUUCAACGCCUGUGAAGGGACUCCCCUGCAGGUGGGUAGCUGGGGGCUCCAACCAGGGUCCUUAUGCUGGUCCUUGUGCUUUGUACCACAUGCGCUUAACCCGCUGCGCUAUUGCCUGACCCCCAAGUAUGCUUGUUUUACUAUAUUGGAGUUCACAUGCUUUGAACAGAAAAUAUGAACUUUUAUUUGAGUAACUUAUGGUCUAUGUACAUAUUUAUCACACUAAAUGCCACUGAUGUCUUUAUAGAUUGAUAUAUAUGUAUAUAUGUAUAUACACACACAUGCAUAUACAUAUAUAUGUAAAUGUAUGUAUGCACACAUGCCUGCGCACAUCAGUAAAAAGUAGUGUGCUUGAGAAGCUCAUGCUGGUUUGCAGGUAUUGCUCAUCAUUAAAUUUUCAUGAGUUUUGUGAGCUAGUUGUUAAAUAUGACUAUUAACAAAUAAUUAAAUUAUGUAAGCUUACAAUUAGAUAGUAUUUUUUAAAAGGUAAUAAGUCCUCAACACUCAUUAGCCCCUAAUUGGUUUUUAAACAUCUUGCUGUUAUCUGUAUUUUUUAUUUAUAUUAUUUAAUAAACAUGGUAAAAUUCUCGAAAAAGUUGUUACUGCACGUCUUUUUCCAAGUCAGCAUUCAGUGUCAUCUUGGUUUAGUUGGAAUAGUAAGACCAUGGGAAUUAACAGGCUUUAGAAAUUAAGAUUUUCAUUUUCUCUGAGAAUCUAGUGUCAGAUAUUUACCAGCCUAUUACCAUGCAUAUAUUAAGGUAGUAUUUAAAAAAUUCAAAGUACAACUCCCUUAUAUUUUCUGAUAUCAAUCAACAACUGUGGCUGUUAUUCUACUUCUUCAGUAAGGAAGCCAAAAUAUGUUCUGUGAAGUUCUUAACUCCUUCUACUUCAGUCCUAUUCUAGAUGCUACAAGAAUAUCCUUUUAGUUUGACCAAGAUGCUGUCUUACUAACAUAUCCCCUGGCUUUCUUCAGUGUUAACAUAUAUAAAUGAGUGUGUUCAUUAUUAUUGAGCUACCAUUUUCAUAAAGAAGGCAAAUGAUUUUUCUGUAGUUUUCCAGCUUUCUCUUAAACUGAUAGCAAUCAUAUUUACAUAAAUUUAGCAAAGGUUAACACCCUUUGUGAUCAGUAAUACUGCACUCUAUAAAUAAAAAGUUGUGGAAAAUGAGAUGCCUCUUGAAAAUACUUGAUAUUUAAUUAGUGUGUUUAUUUAGGCAUGAUAUGUAUGACCAAAGUUGUAUGCAACCCAUUAAGUAGUGUAUCUGUAUUUACUAUAAUAAUAGAGUGUCAAGCUGCCUCUGUCUCCCUUGUUUUCUUGUGCUUACCUGGAACACAUUGAUAAGCACUUCCAAGAAACAUGCCCCUCUAACAGCCACUUUCUACUUCUCAUCUCUCAGAUUAUUUUUCUGUCACCUCACCCCAUGAUUUAGGAGUGUAUCUAGAUUAAUUGCAGUUAGUCAGAGAUACUCUAUUCUAACUGGACUGUGAGCAGUGAGAUAUUUGGAAAAUAUCCUGCAAUAAUUCAGGGAAAGCAAUGAUAAAAUUUUGUCAUGACAUGAAAAGAGAUGAUGUUUCUUCUGCUGGAUUUUUCAUUUCUGCAUAUUAUACGCGAUUAAGCUGUCAUCCUGACUGUCAGUAUUCUGAAGAUGGGAAAAGUCUGGCUCAGAGAUAAAGCCACUAAGCUGCACAACUCUGUCUGGGCUGACUCUCUGCUAUAAAUUUGUGUUACUAUGGUGAUAGUGGUUUGUUGUUAGGGCUAUCUUUUACUUAUUGCUGAAGGCAUUCCCUCAUACAGUCAAAUACUUUUAAGUGUUAAUGUUGUACAUAGCAAUUCUGGGGGAGGAAUUACCUCUUUUGAUAAGUUAAUAUAAGGAUGGCUAUUUAUAUCUGCCAUGGCUUUAGAGAAAACAGUUCUACUCAGACCAAGAUUGUGAAAGCAGACUUACUGUAGUGAUGUGGGCCAGUAACAAAGAAUGUUAAGCCCCAAUCUAUCAUCAGCAGGAAUCCAUUACCAUAGAAAGUCCUCAAGGAGCCAAGGAUGGAAACAAGUGUUAGAGCCCAAGGACGGCUAUUUCCUUGGAUGAGGGACUGCCUUGUAGGAGAUGUCCUCAUUAGCGGAAUGGUGGCUCCAAAUUGCUGGUGUCACCCUUUGGAAAACUCAACCAUCUACAGUUGAUUCCAGGUGGACACAGAAAAUGGAGAGAAGGCCUGGGUGGAGCCAUUAGAGAAUGAACAACUAAGUUGUUUAUUAUUGUAAAUUCCUCUGUAAAGACUCAGUAUUAGAAAUAAAGUUAUUCUACUGGA